AUGGUAAAAAAACAUAUCGAUGAAGGAAAAUCAAAAAGUGCCAGUGUAAUAUUAACAUGUAAAAAAACUGGUAUUUCAAAAAGUACCAUUUGGUUCACCAUCAAACAAAUGAAACAUGACGGAAAGGCAAGUCAAUAUGACAAAUUGAGUGGGGAACAAAAGAAGCGCCUAAGAAAAGUUGUUCAUAACUUUUUUAUAAAUAAUGAAAUACCAAAUUUAAGUAAAAUUUAUCAAACCGUAAAGGAUGAUAACUUACCACCAAUUUCUUGGACAAAUUUAUGGAGAAUUUUAAGAAAACUUGGCUUCAAGUAUGAAAAAAGGGGUAGGAAUCAUUUACUGGUUGAAAAAAGUAAAAUAGUAAUUUGGAGAAAAAAAUAUAUUGAUAAUAUCAAGAGGCAUUUAAUGAGAGGUUAUCAACUGGACUAA